ACUGUGUCUCAUGCUCGCCUGGGUAUAUCUGAUUACAAGUGCAGAGUGUGCCACUGAGUAAACAUUUAAACUGACCCUUCAUCAUGACCGUUCCUGAAAGUAAAUUAAAAAUAGGUGGUGAAAAGUCAGCAGUUGAAGAAAAGCCAAUUCAGAUUGGAGGAUCAAACCCAGAGGACACAGUGAGGAGGAAAGAGCAUCCAAUGCAAGGAACUGAAUCCACUGUUUAUCCGUCUGGUAUUGGAGGAUCAAACCCUGAGGACACAGUGAGGAGGAAAGAGCAUCCAACGCAAGGAACUGCAUCCACUGUUUUUCCGUCUGGUAUUGGAGGAUCAAACCCAGAGGACACAGUGAGGAGGAAAGAGCAUCCAACGCAAGGAACUGCAUCCACUGUUAAUCAGUAUCAACUGAAAAUCAGUGUUACAAUUCAAUUGUGUGAUGAUGUUGAUGAAUGUCACAAAACUACCACAAUGGAGGACCACUGUCUUGGUUUUCAAAGUGACAGUUGCCAAAAUAUGGAGAGAGAUGGUUGCUACAAUGACCAAACUCCUGUACAAAAUAUGAUGUCUCUUCUCUGCCAAAGUGGACCAUGCUUGGUGGCUAAAUGGAUCUCUAAACAAGUAUGUCACCUCUACUCAAAUGGACCAUACUUGGUGGCUAAAGGUAUGAGCACAGAAGUAUCUAUCCUUUACCAAAAUGGACCACAGUUGGUGGUUCAAGGGUUCAGCAUACCAAUUUCUCUCCUCUGCCCAAAUGGUUCAUACUUUGUGGCCAAGCUGACCUGCAUGCAGUUUAUCUGUUACCAAACUACAUCUAACCCAUUGGCUAAGAGGAUAUGCAUGCAAUAUGCUUGCCCCAGGGCAAGACAGCAUAGUCUCGAUUUCAAGUCUGACCAAAAGUGGUAUGGUCUUUCUGGAAUUUUGUCACUACAGCCGAGCAGUAAAAUACAUGUAAUGGUGUGUGCUGUAAGAGCCGAUUUUCCUCCACCACAACAAAACAUGGCAGGAGUUCAGGAAGAUCCAAUACAGCAGCCAGCACAGAAUGACACAGGCUUGUUGGCUAUCGCAGACCAUGACUUCAAUCCUCCGAACUUUGUUCAGCCACAACAAAACAUGGCAGGAGUUCAGGAAGGUCCAAUACAGCAGCCAGCACAGAAUGACACAGGCUUGUUGGCUAUCUCAGACCAUGACUUCAAUCCCCCGAACUUUGUUCAGCCACAACAAAACAUGGCAGGAGUUCAGGAAGGUCCAAUACAGCAGCCAGCACAGAAUGACACAGGCUUGUUGGCUAUCGCAGACCAUGACUUCAAUCCCCCGAACUUUGAUCAGCCACAACAAAACAUGGCAGGAGAUCAGGAAGAUCCAAUACAGCAGCCAGCACAGAAUGAGAUAGGGUAGCCUUGACGACAACUGCGAUGGAUGUCAACAGAGGCAGAAAUAUUACCUCCCUGAUUAAUUGAGGAGUAAAUAUUAGUAUGCAAAAUUUUUCCUAAUAUCCCGCCCAAAAUUGAAAUAAUCAAGAACUUUUAUCAAUAAAAUCCCAUGAAACAGAAUCAAAAGCUUUCUCGAAAUCGACCAUUAGGAGCAUUCCUGGAAUACCUAAAUCUUCAGCAUAAGACAUUAUGUCAUAAAGAGUAUGAAUAUUUUUUGCAGAUUCAGCGCCCCGAUAAGAAACCUGUCUGAUCUUCAUUUAUAAGCUUUCCUCGAACUGAUUUUAUCCUAUGAGAAAUUAUUCAAGAAGCUAUUUUGAAGGAAAUGUUUAACAAAGAGAUAGGUCUCCAGUUUUUUUAAGAAAUGAUGUGGUUUAUCUCCCUUUGGAAUACAGGUUAUUAUUCCAUGUCUCUGAGUGAUAGUAAGCUGACCAACAGAAAAACUGUAAUUUAUUGAACGGACAACAAAACCUCCUAUAAAUUUCCAAAAGGUCUUAAAAAAUUCAGGGGUGAAACCGUCUGAUCCAGGACUCUUAUUAUUGUUCAUAUUUUUCAAAACUUUACCUGCCUCUUCUAUAGUGAUCAUACCUUCCAGAUUCUUAGACUCUGUGUUACUUAAUUUUGGUACUCCACAACCCUGAAGAUGAUGAUUUAAAUCGACAGCAUCAACUUCUCUAAAUCUGUAUAAAUUUUCAUAGAAUUAUCUAACAUCAUUUAAAAUAUCCCCCUGGUUUGUAAUCACAUUACAAUAUCUAAAUAUUCAGGAUCACACAACAAAGAAUUAUUAAGUUUCCAUAGACCCCUCCCUCUUUUAAAUUCAUUUAACUGUAAAACUGUAACUGUAGCUGAAUGGUCAGAUCUAUAACUAGAUUCAGUAAUUGAUUUGUUAACACUAGAUAACAGACAGUCUGAAACAAGGAAAAAGUCCAGUCUGGCCUGUUUUACAGGAUUAUUUCUUCUCCAUGUAUAUCUUUUGGUAUCUGGGUGUAGUUCUCUAGAAAUAUCAAUAAGAUUAUAUGUAUCUUUAAUUUCUAAAACCCUAUCCCUAGCAGCUGCAUUGGUUAUAUUUCUAUAUGUAUUAUCGUAGUCUAAAUCUGGACUCAAUACCAAAUCCAAAACUGUCUAUGGCAUCUGAGACUUGAUUAUAAAAAUCAGGAUUAUCGUGAUUUGGUCCAUAAAUAGUAACUGAAGUUAUUCUAGUACCCUCAAUAUCAAUAUCGAUACCCAAAAAAUUUCCAUUUGAAUCACACUUUUCUUUGUAAACUUUGCUUUCGAAAUUAUUUUAAAAAAUUGCAACCCCACGUGAAUUAGAUGAAAAAGAAGUGAAAAAACUAUCAUAACCCCACUCAGUUUGUAGAAAUUUAAUAGAGCUUACAGUAGAGUAACCUUUUUACUGUUUAAAGUUUUCUUCAAAGAGGUUGCAUUCUUUUUAAUAUAACUGUUAAUCAAUUUUGAGUUUGCUUUUCAUUGCAAGGUAAUAAAGUAUAU